UCAUGCGGCGCUCUCUGAUGACGUCACGGUAAAGUUACAGCGUUGGACAGACAUGGCAGCUUCCAUAUCACAGCAGCUCGAGGAUUUGUUAAAUCCUUUACCAAACUUUGUGGAUCCAGAGGACGACCAAGAUGAAAAGACGAAAGCCAAAGUCAUAGAGAAGUUUGAUGAAGGUGGUGAUGAUGAUGACGAAGAACCUUUAUCUGGCCAUCUGCGGAAGCGCUCUUCUGUAAUUCUGGCUGAUGGUGAUCGUCGAUAUUUUGGCAAGGCUACAUCCAGAAAAGAUCUACAGAAAGAGUUGGAUGGAUCAGCAGAUGAUGAUGAUGAUGAUGAUGAAGAAAAUGGAAUGCUGGACAAGUACAUGGAGUGCAUCAAAGAUGAUGUGGAGGAGGACGAGGAGGAGGAUGAAGACGACAUUGAUGACGAUGAAGAUGAUGAUGAGGAUGAAAAAGAACAAGGCGAUGAUGAGGAGGAUCCUAAUGGAGAUGAUAGCUCACAGAUGUCCAGCUUAGUCUCUAAAAUGAAGGGCACAGACUUUAUGAAACUCACAGAGGGAAUGGAUGACCUGGGAGAAAGUGAGGAAGACAAAGAAUCAGCUGACAGUGAAGGAGAGCGUGAGGAAGGCUCUGAGGAUGAGGAGGAAGAUGAAGAGGAGGAAACAGCCCUGAGGACCUUCUCUAAAGAGAAAGUUGAUGAAGAGGUUGAAAAAGGGAAAGCAGUGAAAAAUCAGCUUGCUCUUUGGGACCAGAUGCUUGAAAGGCGAAUCAAAAUGCAGAAAGCUCUUGUGACAGCCAAUCAGCUUCCACAGCCACAGACAUUCCCAGAGUUCAAGAGCAGGGGAGGGACUGAGUAUGCUGAAGCUUUAAAAAAUAGUCAUAAAGUCCUAAAGGCUCUACAAUGGUCUCUGCUGGAACUCCAAGAUCAGCUGCUCUACCAAAACCCUGAAACCAGAGCCAUCUCUCAGGGAAAGACAUGGGGAGCAAGCAGCAGUGUUAAAGAUAAUGAAGAGAUUAACAGUGAGGAUGAUAUGGAAACUGGGGAUGAUGGCCAAGUGGAAGAACAGGAAGCAGUGCGAAAUGGACCCCCCAAACGAAAACUGGAAAUGGCAGAGUAUCCCAACUUUAUGGCCAAACGAUUUGCUGCUUUUCUGCCUUACCGUGAUGCCACCCUGCAGAAAUGGUACGACAAGACGCGACUCACAACAGGCAAGAGCAAAAAGGCAGCUGAACUGGCACUGAAAGCUAACGUACACCUUAAAGAUCUGGACGAGGAGAUUUUUGAUGAUGAUGACUUUUACCACCAGCUACUUCGAGAGCUUAUUGAGCGCAAAACAAGUGCGACAGACCCCAAUGAUCAAGUGGCCAUGGGAAAGCAGUGGCUUGCCAUCCAGAAACUACGUAGUAAAAUCAAGAAGAAGGUGGACACCAAAGCCAGCAAAGGCAGGAAGAUCAGGUUUCACGUUCACAGUAAGCUGAUGAAUUUCAUGGCUCCAAUAGAUAACAGCAGCAUGAGUGAUGAUGCCCGGUCUGAACUGCUUCGUUCCCUGUUUGCGAAUGAUCCAGUAAUGGCACACUGACUGAAACAUCGGCCUUAACAUGCUUAAACUCCAGUGUAUGUGCUGCAUUGUUCUCACACACUUCUGCAGUUGAAAUCCUUCAGGGAACCCAGACUUAAACCUAGGUUUUUGAGAUUACCUGUAAAUGAAACUGAACUUUUGAUUUGUAAAAAUGACACAUUUUAGUGCCUGUUUGUAUUAAAAUACCAUUUUGUCAACAAA